AUGACUGUGGGCCGAGGUAAUGACUUCACUCGAAGGAACGCUCAGUCGAUCGCCACAUAAGCCUGCCUGAGCCCCAUCUACCUGUUGACUCUACAUGAAAAACGGAAGUUCGUUUUGAUCCCCAGUUUAACACUGUGACCAACGAGGACGGGAGCGACAAUGAUCAUGAAGAACUGAGGGUCCGAGUCGCACGCGGCAUGGGUGAUCCAACUGUCAUUCAACCCACGCAUGUUACAAUGAGAGGUGCGCAUUGAUCUUUUUGAUCUUCGAAGAUGGUUUGUCAAAAACGCCGCUUGAACGCCAGAUCCUACGUAUACCGUUCAGUAGGAGGCCUCUCCUUCGUCUAUUUUGUCAUCUCCGCAUCGCAUUUUCAUUCUCAUCGAUGCACCGAAACGUAGGUAACAAGACCUGAACCUUUGAAGCAAUGACGUCAAGGGUUCUACGCUUGAAGUCCUAUUUGGGGAAUUGUUAUGCUUUGUUAGCGCGCACACAUAUGUUUCCCUCACCACGACUUUGCCAAAAUUUUCCCAACAAAGCCGGUGGUCUCUUGUGCUUUAAUUUCUGCAGCCUUAUUUUGUUUACUUCAUUCGGGUUCCCAAUCUCACGGCUCGUACCGAGGAGAGCAUUUAGUUGUUCGCUCUGGAAAAGGAAUUGUAUCGUCGGGACUGCCAGUUUAACGGAAAGCAUUUUUAUCGAGCACAACGCACUACGACGUAUAAAACUAGGUUCUUUUGCCUGCUGAAAACAAACCGUUCUCAAAUUAAAAUUUAUGGGUUUCUUAAAUAAUUGUGCAUAAAAAAGAAUUUGGUAGGUCAAAAGGAAACUCAGUGAGAUGCAGUGCCUCAACCCAGUUCAGGAUUAAAGGUUACCCCUGACGUUUCGGUAAUUUAUGCAUGCCACAAAACAUAAAGAUUACUUGCACGAAGCCUGACACCAAAAUUCAUAGAGUGGUCACGCGAAUUAAAAAUCAGGUAGACAGAAUUGAGCAGUGAUCGCAUGCCACUGCAGCAAAGAUGCUAAUUACAUUGUCAAAAUGAAUAACCAAACAGCACGAAUAAAGUACAAUGAAGACUACUUUGAAAAUAAGUGGCCAUCUAGAAGACGUCAUUCAUCGCCAAACUUUUAAAUUCGUUCGAAUGAAAGUACUUACAGGGUGUUUGACUGGAUACAACCUGACAUUAUGUCAGGUGCAGCACUGUGGCAUGCACCGAAGGCAUGAUGAAAGAUCUGCUAGGACUAGACGAGACCACGUUAUAUUUUAUUCUUUGACGAUGUCGUAUGGCAGGAAUUCAUAUCCCGAAACUAAUAGUAUGUCGAGUGUUAACUGUCCUCUUCUCCCGAAUUAGUUCCAUCAUCAAACAUACUUAUUUUCUGACACAAAAAUGUACUUUAUUGUAAAAAUAGGGCAGGUUACCUGCAACAAGAAAAGUCACCAAGAGACUUAUCACUGCUUGUAACAAUUAGAAUGUUUUAUAUACUUAUUUGUUUUAUCGACUUUCUCAAUCUUCUCAAUUGGAUAUUUACUCUUUUAGCACGAAAAAUCGUCUUCACAUCAGAGGAGUCCAAUCCGAGAAAUACUAACUAACUAAUAAAUAGAUCUUUUUGACACUUCUGACAGAGGUGGAAAGUGAACUCAGUAUUUGGAGUUGUCAGUUACUUUGAUUGUUCUCCGAGCUACUUCAUGACAGCCCCAACAGAACUCCAAAAAGAUAAAAAACAUAGGCUCUUGUUGGCAAUAACAUCAUACUUAAAUUCUGGAAAUUUCCAGUCGUUAUUUCUCAUAAUUCGUGACUAACUUAAUAGUAAGCUCUUUGAGUACCUGAAUGAGGCGCGCUAGCGAAGCAAAUGGAUAUUUCGGUAGCAAUCUCUCCCCCCCCCCGAUGGACAGAAAACACACUAUUGCAAGAUUCCUGCAGCGGAGCUGACUAAAUGAAAAAAGGAAUUUUUAGAUGAAGAAGAAACAUAUUUGAAUCAUCAACGCCGUUAUAUAUUCAACGUAUAUUCGAAACCCUCUUGAGUUCGAUUUGGCGUCCAGAGCAUUUUUCUCCGACCACUAGGUUGAUUAGCGUUCCAAUGAUAAGAACGUCUAUACUACAGUUGCCCAAUCUUUUCUCUUUAAUCUGUAAAACGUUUCCAGACCCUAAACCGCCCUUUAGAGUCACCAACAUCAAACCUCCAUGAGAACUGCUGCGAUUAUUUUUAGUGUCGUUGCAAGAAGCAUUAAUGACAAUUCUUAAAAAUGCGUCACGGGAUUAGAAAAUGCCGAAAAUAAGAAUUUGGCCUAUCCUCAAAUGUCGCUGCAUGGCAUUUCUGGUAGUCUGAAUAAAUAUGCCCGUUUCACGGAUGGAUAGAUACGCGAACAUUAAGAGGGUAUGCGGUGGUCGCGGGAAUAGGGAUCAAUUAUAACUCGACUGUGCUGUAAAGGAAGUGGAAUUGGAGUUUCCGAAUGCGCUAUCAUUGGUUAAAAUAACCCAUUUACUGAAAUUGCAUAGGUUGAUCGUCAAUAACUGCCCAGGCUCUACUUUCCCAGCGGUGGGUCUUCAUACCUAUUUAGACUAACAAUAAAUAGCAUUUCAUCCGACACAACAGUAAAAAUUCAGCAGCCUUGGUGGUAUUCGAACCAACGAUAGCAAGGGCCAGGCCUUUAUGCAGUCCACGUUCUAACCGCCUGAACUACGAGACCCUGACCGGGAGCCGCGAAUUUAAUCACACGUUUCUUGCGCAUUCGAUACAGAAAUUUUGAUACGGUAAGCUGACUGCCUAAACAGGAUUUUCUAGACAAUCUGGAAUCCGAUAGAUGACUACCAGGUUCACUUAAGUAAUAGGUAUUUUGACAGAUUGGCAUAGUUCAUCCGGACAACACUGUUUAUGUCCAAUGGUUCGAAUUGAGAAAGAAGCGUCCGCUGACGCUGACACAAAGUUAGCAAAUUAUUAUAAAUUUUCAAAAAGUAAAAACAAGAUAUUAUAUCUUAACUACACACUGCAAAUGGGAUUUCACGUCGGAAUUAAAAAUUGCGAAUCACAGUAAAAUUUUCGAGCCAAUUCCCCAACAUAUAUUAACGUUGCGGUCUAUUGUAAUGUCAAUGUAUUUGUGUUACAUUGUGGCGCAAGUCUUCACAGAAUAAAUAUUACUCUUUCGGACUUUAAGCUAAAGCAUCUGAGACGUGCGGUAGAUGCGCCACCUCAUGAAAUGUUAACCAAAAUUCUCAAAAUAGUUUUUGAUUUGAAGAGAUUACUUAAGUAGAGCUGCACUAUUCGUUCUCCUGCUGCAUAAUCUCAAGAUAUUUCAGCCACCUCAGGAUGUUGACUUUAAAAUGCAUUUCUUUCCGGCUGCCUGCUAAAACAACACUUUGUAAAAAGUAACUAAAUAUGUAGUAGGAUGUUUGAUUAUCGAUUUUAAAGCCCAUAUAACUUCAAAUAUUUUUGCAGAAAUGUGAGUAAAAUAUUUUGUCCUUGUGCUUAUUUGGUGGCAGAUUGCGUCUCAUUCAAAUAUUGCGCUUGAAAGAGGAGUAUCUUUAGGUUUAAGAAACUUGUUUAGCUCGGAAAUAAUUUCGACCCUGCCUGCUGUCACAUUUGCACCACACUUACAUUACAGGCAGUAUAUCUUCUCUGUAAGGGAGAACAUACAUUUUGAUAUACUAUUAAGAAAACCACGCCGACUGGUGAGAGGAAAGAGGUGAGGGUUGAUGGCCAAUUAUUCAGGGCCGGUGACUGCAUGCAAAAUCUGGCCCGGUUACGGAAAAGACAAUCACUAUGUGGUCGCCUACCUGGUAGAAGACCUUAUACCAGGUCGACCAAUAAAUCCAGACUUAUUUGCGAUCAUAUUUCAACUUACCUAUCAAUCAGAAAGAUGAAGAAAGAGAGGAAAAACAAAUAAAGCUAACUGGAAGCGGUCUUGGAUUCAGUGACUGAAACGGACACGACGUAUAUUCUAGGAUAGCAGCAAGAAAGCUAGAUCCCCAGCAUACAGCCAGCGACCAAUUUCAUGAAAUAUUAACUGGAAUUCCGAAACGCGUCUCUGAUUAGGAAAGAUUGCUCAAAUGGGACUGUAAUAUUGAUUGUCUUGCAAAAUAAUUUUAACAUAUUUCAGACACACGUUAGUCUUACGUUAGGACUCUUAGGUCGUCCAUUAUAAGGGUGAUUUUCGUAUCAUUUGGAUAAUAACGAGGAAGGCACGCUCUGAGAUGACCGCAAUUUACAUCGACCCUCACUAUGUUCCAGUCGAAAGAUUACAGCAAGUGAAAGGAGAGUAGACUGUUCACAGCCGAGAACCAAUUACCUAUCUUUGGUCUAUUUUGAGACUGGUGCUUUCUUUUGUCAAGACAAACAGAUUAAACACAUGCACAUAUGUAUAUACGAGGCUGUAGGAAAGUCUUUUUCCAAAAAUAAGUGAGAUUUCUUCGACUGGACAGAACAUAAAGCUUUGCGAGUACAGAGAGGAAAAUCAAAAAAGCGGGCGAGGCAAACCCUCUUCUACAAGGUGGAAUGUCUCCCUAGAUUUUUUAAAAUUCCUGCCUACAUGCAAGUGUUAUGACUGAUUUCGGGAGCCACUUCGCUGCAAGUACACGCUCUUUAACAGGCUCAAAGAAAAUAUACGCUGAUCUUCCGUAAAAGUCUAGUGGAAAUUAUCGCCAUUGAAUAUUUCCAACAAGAAUAUUUUUAAAACCGAGCAUGAUCGGUGAGCGUUCUUCCACCAUUUUAUAAACCUGAUCGCAGCCGACUGGACAAAGAGCUCGCGAUUCAGUAGUUUGAGACGUUGGAAUUUCAACCAACAUAUCGCCUGAUCGAGACCCAUGUGUUCCACAUCUCGGGUUUGGGUAUGACUGGCUAACGACGGUUAGUGGACCAGAAUAGGCAUUCCAGUCUCCUUUGUCUUCGUCGGAAGUACUAUUCUACCUGCAUCAUGCGCCGCUGUGCGGCUGCUGGAGGGGCUCGAGAGGGAGAUCCCCAGGGCACAACGGGAGGAGAGUGUUCUGUACUAGCUUUUCGGCCUCUAAAAGCAACAACAACAGUAGUCAUACAGUCGCAAACAUAACUUUCGGACUCGUAUUUUCGUUAUUUGGUUUUAGUCAUCAAGACUCUAUGUAAACGGAAAUGCGAGUUUCAGGAAAAAAAUUUAACGAAAAGACACACUCUAUAGGCUGUGACCUUUGUUUUCUUGAUGCUUUGGAUCGACCCUCGAAUCCGUCAUCAGAAAAAGUGUUCGAUGUUCUCUCUGAUGAUGAGCGUAGAGUAUAAAUUCAAAACAUCAGGCGAACAAAGGUGUUAGUUAAGCGAUCGAGUUUUCUUCUGUGUAACCGCCAUUUAUAGGUAAAACCCUGAAAGUAAGACUAUAACAGAUUAUUAUAGUAAGUCGAAAUUAGGUUUCUUUUCAAACUUUGCGAUUUUUCCUAAUUCACUGUGUAGGCACAUAUCCCAAUUUUAUGUACAAUUUCCUUUAGAAUGUAUCAAAAUGUGUGUCCAAUUGUCCUUAUCAAAUUUACACUCAAAUCGAGAUCUGCUGUUAUUUUAUGCAUUUUUGUCCAGAUGACAAAUAUCUGCAAAUGAGCCACUGAAUUUUAAGCUAACUCGGGCCCUGGACGGUUUUAAAUUAAACCCCACCUGACCAACCUUAUACAGGAAAUGAGAUUUGACUGUUUUAUGCAAAAAACGCAACCUUCAUAAGUAUUCGGCUCCCUGAAUUCGCGUAAAAGUACGUCUUAGAUAUAGCUCUCAUAAAUUAAUUAUUGUAAUCUUCGCAUUUCGCAAUGCAAAUGUCCCUCAUCGUCUCUCUGAAAGAAAGUGCGCAAUUUUUGCGCAGUCAUCAAACUUCUAGGCGCACUUUAGAUGUCCCAGGUUGAAGCUUAACUAGAAACACAGAAAUCGUGGCUUAGUCGGAAAGUGAUCCAUUUUCUGGAUACAGCUGAUUAAGCGACAACAUCUGGAGGCAUGAGGCCUGUUAACUUUCCCCGUUUAUCUUAAAUCCUGACUCCUUCGAUGUAAAAAAAACAUACUAUCGCCCCAUCAAAGCCCUACAGAAACAUGUUCGAAACAGACGUUUUAAUUUAAUAUUUCGGAAACUAUUUUAUUAGUAUAAAUUCCUUUUUAUAUAGAGUCGUCAUGCAUACAUUUAAGAUUUCAUAUGCUGUUCAGUCGUCCCUCCGAGAGCUACAUAAAGUCAAAAAGUAAAUAUAAAGGUUGUGGGCUGUACGAAUUUACGUUAGUCUUCAGGUGCUUCUUGGCUGUGCCUUUCGAAUAAUGGAUCAUAUUUUAACGUCACAUAUACAUUCUGACCUAAAGAAAUUAUGUGCUUCAUUUUGGUAGACAGCAGAAGCGGAUGUGCGUAAAACUGUUUUUCUAUUUUUGAUUCCACUGCACGAAUUCCCUCAAGUAUAAGUCUGCUCACAGAUCGUGUUGUUUACUCCCUUAUGUCUUUUUUGAAAUUUUUACCAGAUUUUUCCAGAAUGGAAGUUGCUUUGAAGUUAGGAUACUGUUGAUAUAAAUCAAAAGAUAGAGUUUCCUACUAAUUACGUCCCUUUGAGACCAUAAAGAAGCAGUCAAAAUUAGAAACAUGAAUGAACAAGCACGGCAGCUGCCGUCGGUCUAAGAUUGUCAUAUUGUAAUAUAUCCCACGGACUGCCUUGUUAAAAUAAUUUACAUAUUUCGGAAAAGUACUCCGAUAAAAUUCGGCAACUAUUCUAGUCUAACUAGACUAUUCCGAUUUAACGGAUUGGGUUAGAGAGACCUUUUGGACCUCUGCCUGAGACCAGUGACAGGCAAAAAAGCUCCUUUAAUUAGAUAAAUACAGGCUACUUAGAGCUAUUGCUCUUUAACUUAGCAUAAAACGUUAAGGUAUUAAGCUGUUGCAAUCACAAUCGUUUCAAAUUUAAACGAAGUAACUGCACUUCAUACAUCAUGCUAUUUCUGGAUAGAAGUCGAAAAUGCUUUCACUUGAUAUUUUAUUGAAUAUCUCGUAAACACGAAGACAUUUAACAGAACUUUCUUAGCGGUGGCUAAAGCUAAAUUAAGCGGUCAAGAUUGCCAGGCACAAUCCCGCCGUCUGUUAAUUGUGUUUGGUUUAUGAGAGCCUUUGUCUAGCACAUUGGAAGGAAGUUGCCGGAAGAGCCCCAAGGCUCUGGGAUCGAUGUGCUAAUAAUCCAUUUGUCAUGCGCGAGCCUAUUGCAGCGGGUAACAAAACGUCUGGAUCUUCCCAUGAGAUCAAAAGUUAUUCUUAAACAGCUUCUUAAGUUCGUAGAGAAAGUCCAACUUAUAGAAGAAAGUUGGGGAUUAAAAAUUUGAACGUAUGAAAUGGUAGGUAUAAAAAAUAAAUGGCAGAUAUCUUGACUGUCGACUUUAUAAGGGGUAUGGUUCUGGCUUUUGAAGAAGUGAAAGGAGUGAGUUACGUGCAGGUUUUUUAAAAAGGCGUAAAUGACAAUCCUUUGCGGACGCCGACACAGGCUGUAACCAAGGCAUACCAAGUCUGAUGAGCAAAUUGACAUUUUCUUUCUCACCUUCACUAAAGCGAACCGGCCUGCCAAGUCGUCUUGAUCUCAACUUAAACCUCCUUUGUUGAUACGUGAGUAUGACUAAUGCUUAAUCAGUUAUCUGUAGACAGGUUUCUCAAGGGUCUUUUAAUUUCUAUCAUAUAAAUUGAACGAUAGGCAGUUGUUUUCUAAAUUGCGUAAAAAGUGACAAUAAGCCUCUAUAAGGCCAUAUUCAAACUGAGUUUGUAGCCAUUUCUGCAGAAACCAGUCCCACCUAUUGGUGGUUGCCUUGAGAAUGUGUUAUUAUGCCUAGAAAGUAACAGUCUAAUAAAACGUAUCGGCCAGAGUUAUUGCAUGAACUUAUAGCUGAUAGUUGCGCUGCCUUCAUGAAACAUAUACGCUCUUUACCGUGUUGUCGCAGUUUGUUUCUGUUGAGUGAAGAUUAAUUUAAAAACUCGAAAAGGUCAUGUACAUAAUGUGAGUGUUCACUUGUAGGAGUAAAUGCGCCCACAUGUAGCGUUUGACAACGGUAGCUAUAGGACACGGAUCAUAAGAGUACAAAAAUAUUGGCCCAAAAGGUAUUUUUAGGAUUUGGAAGUGGGCCCCUGCUAAUGAGACUAAGCAAGAGGGCAGUAGGUCUGCACAUAAAAUGCACAACCAUUCUCCCGAAAGAUUUCUAUAUUUCAGUCAACAUGUUUCAUCAAUUUGGCCGUCCACAGUAUUUCGAACGAUUCUUGCGUCAUUGCGUACUUUCAUCCCACCAAACGUGUUGACCUGCCGUAAGCUAAGGCCUUGUAGACAGCAGUCAUUUCGCCCCGAAACUGAUAGAAAGUUACAGACACUUGACGUACGCGUGCGAACAAGUCCUGUUUUGGCUUCACCAGCUUAUCAUCUUUCUACAAUGCCGUAAAGGGCAUAUAGGUACUUCCCAAGAAUUUGGCGCAAACACCUUUAAAACAACAAAACGAGUGCAGCAAUGAGGUAAAGUUCCAGUAAUAGAUGAAAAUCAGGGGACCCUAAAAUCCUAUUGGUUUUUUCGGGAGAAAUAGCAUGUAGUCCGUGCAGAGAGCAGGGUUACUCAACAACCACACCCAAAAGAUCGUGUAGCCAAUAGGUUUAUCCAGAUAUUACAUUUCUCCAUGCUAUAAUACAUAGUUGUCGCUGUUUACCAGAAGACCAUCUCUCUUCCUGUUAGUUGCCCAAAUUGCACAGUGCUGUUGUAGGUUAGUGGGGGUAGUGCUCCGUUCAUUGUCAGCAGCCGACCGCAAACCCAACCAGAGCGCGCUGAACACAGUCCGCCGGUAGUAAAAAGAAAGCUUGGCUAAGCUGCUACUCGCCAGACAGUGGUUUUACUAAACGAUAUAGCGUGGGAGACGACUUCCCAAAUUCUGAGAUGGACAUUCCCCUCUCCUCCUCGCGUACACAAAUCUAUGGUUCCGGGUCUCUGGACGCAAUUUGCCAUGUUAUAGCGUGGAGCAUUCUUGUGGUGACUGAUUUGUCGGACGUACUAACGCUGCAUGUUAUAAAACCAGUUAGUCUCCACGCCGGGAUCUUUUGGAUUUCCCAGCUACUCAGUGCAAGGGAAUCUUCGUUUAUUCACACCCGCGGACUACCUCGGUUGCCCAGAGUUCGGCUACCAGCUAAGCCGAAUCUCCUCGUACUCUGCUGUCCAAGUUGAACGUAUUGCCGGAGCCGGCAAUCUCUUAAUAGGCAGCCCAAACGCCGCGCGACAGGAAUUGCUCCAAUACCAUCUCCCUAUGACAUGGAGCAAGGGGUCAAGAUGCCUUUGCUGAAAAUCAUAUAAUAUGAAACUUUGGAACGGUGGGUUAGGUUUUUCGGUCUCUAUUUAUUGCGAUGAAUUCGCAUUCGGAAGAAGAGUGAAAUUAGUGACAGAGCUGAUAAACAGUGUUCCUUGUUUAAAAAACAUGGAACGGCAAGGAUUUCCACCGCCGUUCAUUGUUUGUUGGCGCCACUUUUCGUGACUGGUGAGUAUCUAACGCUAUGGAUUUCAGUAUGUCUAACGCAGUAGAACGAUCAUUGGCAAAAUGCAUCUGCCGCCUGCAACACAGACAAAUUUCUAACGGUCAGCCAAGCUUAGGUUUUCAUUGAUCGCAGUAACUGAUUUUCUACAGGAGGGUUUCUAACUUAAACAUCCCACAGAUACACGUUUUCGAAGUAAUUUACUAACAGGAUCUGACUGAGGAAAUCCACAUCAACAUGUCUGAACUAUACGCACUUACAAAGUAGAAUAUCCAUAAAGUAAUCCGAUUUCAGCAGAAGCAGACGAUAACCUUAUCUACGUUAAAUACUGAGUCUUCUGAAGUCUUGUUAAAUAUGUACAUCCGACAACAUUCUGAAAUCAGGUCUCACAAACACCUGACAGACUAAAUCCAAACUAAGAGAAACUGAACAUUACUUAUCCUCAACAAAAUAGUUUUGGCUCUGUUCCGCAUUUUAUACCACACACACAUUAUUUGUUCUUUUAUGCUUAUGUUUUUUGAAUUCUGAAGGACAGAACCUACCCUUUUCGGUUUCGCAAAAUGUUGCUGAAUAGUAUUCAACUACACUUAACAGAUCCGCUUAGCAAGCAAAAGAAAAUGUGUGUUCUGACAAAAUCCCGACUUUAUUGCCGUUGGUCAGGUUCUCAUUAGCUUUUGAACUGGCAUCCUUCGUCAGAUGAAGCGAAUAUUCAUUCGAUAAGUUCGGAGGUGCACAAGACCAUUAGUGAGUUAGAUAUCAGUCAUCUUAGUGGACGAGCCGGAAAUAACAGUAAACGGCUUCGGGUUCGACAAAGAAAAAUGAAGCGUCGAAAGGUGCGAUCUCCACUGUCGCCAUUGCGGACAAUUUUUAGGCAAAAGACAUUUCGUUCUUUUAUCUCGUCUGUAGUUGCAAAGUCAAGACACUACGCUGUCCAGAAUCAGCCCGCAAUGGGAAAGUCUGAGUCGGACUUAACAUACUUUUAAAUUCUAAAAUAAAUCCAUCAUUCUCGUGACAACAGUUGUAGUUCCAAGAUGUAAACCGAUUUCUCUGCGGACAACUUAAAUCCUCUUUACCUUUUCUUCCUCUUUGUAUAUCUUGAUUAAUCAAGCUAAGUAUUUCAGUUUCUUUGGUACAGUUCCUCAUUACGGUCUUCUGUGAUACCCUUAAGCCCGUGUAAAUCCGGACGACAUCAUCUGAAAUUGCAUUUAGCUUCGUCUAGUAUUUUAGUAGAGAUUAUGCAUCCAGACGCUUGUUGCGGAACAAAUAGGGAUAACCAGGAGUCCGAUUUGCAAGCAGAUGCUCUUCCUCCGAACUACUAGAAGCAGUCUUGCAAAGUGUAAUAGGUGUUACCCUACGCGUGAGUGCAAUUUAGAUUUAAAAAAAUACACUACGGUGCUAGGGAAUAUUUUUAUUUUUUAAAUGGACUUGUUUUAGUCUGAUCAAGUAUCCUUUUAACUUAUAGGCAAAAUACCUCGAAAGCAUGUUAACUUGGAGUGUGACAGCAAGUAAGAAUAUUUAACUUUACCGAAUAUCAAAGACCGAGUCUGCUUUGUGCAACUAUGCGCCUAUUUAAAACCAUGCUUAGCUUCUAAAAAUAUACACGCAGUGGAAGCCCUACUAGAACCUCCGCUCUGAAAACAUCACGGACGCAUUUAUUUGUCCCUUCCCCGUAGCCCGGCUGGCCCUAGCAGACGCCCUAAAUCACCAACUUAGGUAUGCACAUUCUUGUGAAAAUUCCUUUCUUAAAAAAAGUAGGGCCGAGUUCCCGUCAUUUCGUAAAUGCGGGUGGAAUUUGCACAAUAUAAGUUGGAACAUAAAGGAAUCGACGAAAAUGACUUAUAAUCACUUAUAUCCUACGAACUGCAAAUUUUCAAAACAUAAAAAUGCAACUUUAAUUUACAAUAACGGGCAAGACUAGGGAGGCUCGUAUAGUCACACUAAAUUUGAAAGGUCCACUGUACUGAACAUUUUUGCCUAAAAUAUAUUUAAAUUAUUUGUCGGGGCGCUCUUCAAAUCGACAGGGACAUUUAAGAAAGACUUUGUUUGAGACUCAUUUCAUCUCCCUUCGCGGAGGUCAUUAAGCACAACGGUCUGGUCGUUAGACCGACCCUCCGCAUUGCAAAGUCUUCGUGGAGGUUCAAUUUCACAUUUAUCUAUGACUGUUUUUCAGUCCCGUUCCAUUUGAUCAAAUUUUUAUCCUCAGAAAAGAAUGGAAUAAGUAAGAAAAUAUUCCCCAAAAAUCGUAGCAGCAAAGACGUUAAUGUCUCCGUGUAUAUCAGAAUACUAGUGUUUUGAUUCAUUUUAGAUGUCGCUAGUUAAAUGAGUUAACUUUUCACAAAACGGCUCCGAACCUACGCUUUAGUUUCUAAAAGGGCUUCGUUUCAACCGGCACGUAGUCACUCUAUUGUUAGUCGUUAGACCCAUGUCUACUCAAGUAGAGCUCUUAAGAAAUAUUUCGCGUUAAUCUGAAAAUAUGAAUAUUGAAGAUGCCAUAGAAUAGGGCUAUCCAAGGAGUACGGCGCGGGAAGGGAAGUUUUACUUUAAACAAGGAGUCUUUAAACAAAGUAGCCAUGCUGUUAUUUUACUGGGCAAUCAACAACACGUUCAUAGCUUGAAGAGAUAGAAAUCCAGAAGCUAAGACUUCAAUUGUCCCCAUAAUAAUCGUUCAUUUUGUGCUUAACAGUUUGAAUACGGAAUAAUCUAUUAAUGUAUUUACUGCCCAUGGCGAAUGAAGCCAAUUUUUUGCUGAAAAUGUUAAAUUUGCGGUUUUCAUAUAGAACGAAUUACUAUCUCCCUAUCUCUCUCACCUUAUCCCCACGCACAAUAAACGGGACAUGUCUCGUCUUAGCAACAGUUAAUUACAUAGGUCUGUCAGUAAUUCCCCGCAAAACAUCUGAAAAUUUCUCAAAUUAUUAAAAAACCAACACGUCUGACAGUCCAGUAGAAACAAGCGGAUUUUAUCUAUUUUUCUGCAAGAUGCGUGAAAAUAUUAAAUGUCUGUAAUGCAGUGUUUAUCAAGUUGUAACGUCUUGUGGUGUAUUACUUUAUCAAAAGCCAGAAUAGCGACAGGAAUAGAAAACGUCAAAUUGGUUAAUUUAGUGCUAAAUCUUAUUCCUUGGCGUUUUGGCCUAGGUGUGGCAGGCUGGGCACAUAAGACACAGCGACCGCUGAAACAAAAAUGCCAAAUUUCCCUGUUCCCGUGUGAACAUUAUUCAUGUGAGUGCAGUGCAGAGGGUUGACGUCCCCACCUCCCUCAGCCCACGGCAAAAGUGCAUGGACAUUUAGGGUUUCAGCGGUCUUCAAGUGGAAACUGCGGUUAUAGCCCCUAUUAAAAUCAUUAUGACUCUUUUGGCAGGAGUCUCUCUUGAAAAAGGAUGCACCACAAAGUGCACUUGCCAUACGCACAUGCUGCCCUGACUGUUUAACUGCAAUUAAUACAAGGGCUUGUUGCGAACCCGACGCUCUUUUAACCACCGCUAUUCUUAUAAAUGUUGUUCGACUUUAUUUAUGGCGGGAGACCUAUUCAGUCGGAGUUGGUAAGACCAAAAUAAAGUCAGCUGUUCCGUAGGCAGACUUUCCUGACGUUUUACUUCAACGACCAUUACAGUACAGUAUUUCAAAGGGGUAUUCAAAUCAGCGGAGACCAGGCGUUAGGCAUUUAUGAACAUAGCCAGCAUUUGGGGUGCGUUGGCUGGCCCAUUUGCAGGCGCAUGUCACGCCAAUUGAGAUUCGGUCGCCUCCCAUUUUCGUUUUCCUUAUUGUUAAAAAUUCUGAUCAAGUGUUUCUCGUGAACUAGGUGGUGAUGGUGGUGGUGGUGGUGGUGGUGGUGGUGGUGGUGGUGGUGGUGGCAUGCCUGAAUGCAGAUCUAUAAUAAGUGGGCUACCUCAUGAAAUCUCAACAGAAAUUCCGAAAUGCGUUUCCGUUUUGAAAAGACUAAUUCACUAGGGUUGUAAAACAAAUCAUCGUGCAGCAUAAUUCUAUAAUAAUUUAAUUGCUUCAGGAUGCCGCCUUCCGAAAGAACUUCUUUCCGGCUGCAUUCAAAAACCAUACUCAGUAAAAAAUGACUACAUAUGUAGCAUGAAUUUUUUCAUUGAUUUUCGGUGCCCCUAAAAAUCCAAUUAUAUUACAUGGAGAACAUGAAUAAAAAUAUACAUUCUUCCGCUCAUUCGGUAGAAAAUUACAUCUUCUCAAAAUUUUAUGCUCGAAGGAGAUAUAUAAUUCGGUUUUAAAAAGUUUCUUAUUGUAAGACUGUUAAAUACCCUGAAAUGGUCGUUCAUAAAACGUCAUGUAUCUGCAUUUACCAAUGUUGCUUGAAAAGUUAACACUAUGGAUCAAAUCCACUGCCAAAUUUAAUGAACCCCAUAUGGUCUCCUCUCAGUACCGUAGAGAAAUGUGUGGUUUUCCUUACGCGGAAAAUACAUGGCUUGUAGUUUUGAAAGCCUGAAUGCAAUUUUGACGGCAGAGCAGGUUCAAACCUAUUCGGGAAUUAGAAACGUUUUAUAAAACCAAAUUAUACCCUUCCUUCAGUCGUAAAAUUGAAAGAAGACGUAAUUGUCUACAAAACGAGAAAAAGAAUAAGUAUUUUUAUGCAUAUUUUCCAUGAAAUAUAAUUGAAUCUUUAAGGCCAUUGAAAUUCAAUGAAAAAUGCAUGCCACUUAUGCAGUCAUAUUUUACGGGGAAUGGUUUUUAGACGCAGCCGGAAAGAAGUUUGGUUGACAGCCUGCAUUCUAAAGUAACUGAAUUAGUACAGAAUUAUGCUGCAUGAUGAUUAGUUUUACGACUCUACUGAAUUAUUCUUUUCGAAGCAAAAACGCAUUUCGGAAUUUCAUGAGUUAGCCCACUUGCUGUACGUCGUGCCAGCUACCUGCGUCUUCUCUCGCCUCCAUUCUUCUUGACUUGGUCAUCACACCGGGUCCUUGGGAGAGAAGGAAACAAUUCGGCCGAUGCAAUGAACAUUUACAAUCACAAUAGGCUAAUUCGCGCACAAGUUGCCGUCCAUGUUCUCAUCCUGCUGUGGAGCACGCGGUGGACACUUUCGGCAUCGAGGAUCGAACUGGUGAGCAAUGAGUGAGGAAAAGAAAACUUGCUGCAUGAAAACGUUUGCACGCUGUCAAGGAAGACGGCGAAGCCAACACUCUUGGCGGCAGUUCCCUAUGACUGUAAGUGAUACACCACUUAGACCAAAGGCGUUUUUUCCGUCAUCUGCUGUCCUCUUGAGUGCUAACCACUGACCUGUCUGAGAACGCCCGUCGCUUUAUUCCGACCAAGAAAGCGUUGUUGGGGAGACUGUCAGUCAGUUGCAGACAGCUUACACAAGACCCACAAUGAAUACUACACCGAGACACCACUACGGAAGCGGCAGUGGGGGAUUCAAACAUAACUCGACAAGUAUCGUCUGAAUUUCCCUGAAGAUCUCAAGAGAAAAAAGAAUGUAUAUAGUUACCUGGUGUAUGUAAAAGCAGUAGCUAAGUCGUUUUUGCAGAAACUUCAUACCGGAAUAUAGGCGAAGAGGCUGGACAUGAGACUUAACGCACGUUCGGAAUUUAUGACAGUAAAAAAAUAACUUGAUACGCUUUCCAAAUUUUUUGUAUUUUCAAAUGUGUCGACUCAGUUCUUUGUCUAUGCAUUAAGGUGGUUCCAAAGGAGGCUCUCUUAACCCCAUGGAAAUUUCUUUACACAAACGAAAAAGUAGUAUUUGUUGUCGCGCAAUAUCUGUCAUUGUAAAAUGCCUUGCUGAGUCGAUCGAGGGCAAAAGAAAAUUUCCUAGAUACUUAUCCACUAGAACUGUAUACCGUAAGUGUCAUUCAAAAUUACUGCUACCCAGUAUAACAGAGGAGGGUUGCGACAUCAGCGUUACGUUUAAUAUUAUAUUAGGACCAACCCAGUAUGCUUUAAUUUACGAACGUCGUAAUGUCGUGUUUCAUAUCGACCGCUGCUUAGAAAUUUGUUGGUAGUUACAGAGGCGAAUGUACCGAGCAGAUGGCCAGCUAGAGAAGGUAGAAUGAGAAUGGAAUGACAACUUAUAUUUUCUUUGAAACCAAGGUCUCUAGGUAUCUAGUCUCAAGGCCGGACGGAAUUGCCCAUUCAUGCCCUCCAACUGGAAAAGGUCGCGAACACCAGUUUUAUAUGCGGUUUUAAGUAUCACCGGUCCCAUUCGAGGGGACGUUGGUCCGAGGAUCAAGAAAGGAAGCAUCUGACUCAAAAAUACCUCAUGGCCCCUAGACUUCUGCUGAAAUCUCAGGUGUCAAGCCUGGGGUUAAAGCACUGUAACACCUGAAAGGGCUCUAGAUACAGAGAUCCAAGUAAAAGUAAAAAUGCCCAUUAUCAUCCUAUAAUCAUCUUAGGUCGGUGAACACUUCCUCCAGAUGUGACUUUAAACGCAGGACUGUUUGUUAUGAUUAAAAAUUAUAGAGAUUCAAAACCUUCGCGAUUCCUUAUUUUUCCUAGGCGUUAGCCGUUCCCCACGCUAUCCGGAGGACACAGACAGGAAGAAGAUGAGGAAGGAGGAGGAGGAGGAGGAGGAGGAGGAGGAGGAGGAGGAGGUGGAGGAAACGUCGGUAGUCUACCCCCAGUCCGUACAAGUGUCUGUGUUACCACCGCCCACGUACUUCAUUUUUGCUAGUGGCAGUUAA